GAUGUCCAAUAUACAGAUAUUGACUACAUGGAAAGAAACCUGGACUUCACCAUUUCCUCAAAAUUUGCUGGAUUACCUGCUCUGGUCAACAAAAUCAAAUCAGAAGGAAUGAGAUUUAUCAUUAUCCUGGAUCCAGCCAUUUCUGGGAAUGAAACCGAUUAUCCUGCCUUCAGCAGAGGUGAGGCCAAUGACGUCUUCGUACAAUGGCCUGAUACCAAAGAAAUUUUAUACUCCAAGGUCUGGUCGUUUCUUCCCAAUGUCCAAAUCAAUGAGUCACUGUCUCAUGAAGAACUAGUAGAGUCCUAUGUAGCACACUGUGCUUUCCCAGACUUCUUCCGCAAUUCCACGAUGGAGUGGUGGAAGAGGGAAAUCCUGGAGGUCCACGACAAUCCCGAUCCCUUAAAAAGCCUCAAGUUUGAUGGGCUGUGGACCGUAAGUGUGGAAAUGCAUCUGAUUUCUGGAUUGUCCUUCUCUGCCUGA